AUGGCUACUAUCAUUCCCUUUGUCCGAGAGGAUACUGCUUCCUCUACUACUCCUCCCAGUGCCGUUUAUGCCAUCAAAUCUGUUGCCCUUGGGCUUCAAAAAAAUGGUUGCAGCAACGUCACCAUAAAAACCGUUGUUAUCCCAAUCUCAGGAACCCGUCCUGUUCAGCUCGGUGCUUUUCUCAAAAGCCCAACGAAUAUGAGUAUUAAGGGCGCCUUGAGCUUGUUCGACGAAGAGUACGAACAAAUUCGCGAUAGUAUCGAUGAAGCUAUGCGAAAUGAAGCUCUCUUACGAGACCUUGAUGUCGAUGCUAAAAACUCCACUGAGCAAGAACGCAAGAAAUUCCAUGACCUCAUCAGUGAAUACAUCUCAGCCGGCGUCGCCGAAAAUGGCUAUCUAAUUGACAAGCUCACUGUCCGCUACAGAGAUGUCUCUCCGUGGCUCCUUUACAAAUUUACACUUCUACGUCGCAAGAAGUACAAGAACAUGGUCAAGACGAAUGGCUUGAAGGAGGAUUCGAACGAUGAGCACUAUACUAUCGAUAUCGGAAACCCGGAUGUCAAAGAGGAAGAUCCUCCUGUUGCUUCUGUCGCUACUGAGGGUGCUAACGCCAAAGAGGAGCCUGAGUAUCUCCACGGGCUCUCGAAUAUCCAAUCCGGACGUCUCUUUAUCCAAAAAGAUGUUGGGCCCUUUUUCCGAUCACCCCGCGGCCCCGUUUUGAAGCAGUCUCGUUUUCUUUCAGGUCUCCGAAUGUUAACUCUGAAUACAAACAAUGGUCCUAAUAGUGGUGGAAAUCCCGUACCUGAAAAUCAAGUGCAGGGCGGAGACUCUGCCAUCGACAAACUGGCUACUAAUAGCCCAAUGGAUUCAGGGCAUCCGAGCGGAACUCAGGCUCUUGAGCAGCAUCAGCGAGCCACCCGUGACUCUUGCUUUAGAAAGGUUACCGGCUUGUUUUGGCAUCUUUGUACACCCCGUUCUGCGUUCAUCUGUAUUCCACUUUGCAUUAUUGUUGGGUCUAUUAUUAUGGCAACCAUUUCCGUCAAGUUCAUCUGGGGGUAUUAG